UGGGGACUUGGAACGUGUCCGGGAAAACCGGUGGCGCUGUGCGCACUGGUGAGUUUGGCUGGCGGGGUGGGGGCGGAGAGGACGUCGCGCUGGGUCCCUGCUCCCGCCCCUUUCCUGCUGUCCCCCCACUUUGAGAGAGUCAUUGAGAUUCGAGCGUGACUGCGGAGCUGUGAGGAUGCAGGAAGCGGGCGCGGGAUUUUCCUUCUCCCGAAGUGAUGGAGAGGGCCGGUGAACUGAACAAAGACACCCUCCGGGAGGAGCCGGUCCUCCGCUGAAGAGUACUGUCCCCGUGCCCCGACGGCCGCCUGAGGGCUAGAGUGGUGACCCUGCUGCUCCAGGAGUGGCGCGCUCUUCCGCGGGCGGGUGCAGAGCCCGGAGCCGGGCACCUGCGCGCCACUCCUGCCACAUCUCUGGAGCAUCUCUAACUGCCACCUGGUUGGUCCUGGAGGUCUACAGCUCCCGAGUUCCAAGAUCCAGAGGCGACCCGGUUGCUGGUGCAACGGACCUUGAUAUUUGGCUGCGACUCUUGCGAAGGGCUGCGCGCUUGUGGACGGAGCAGGCAUUUCACGGACACUUUUGCAAGCUAGAGGCUUCGGUCUGAGCGAACACUCCCUGUCUCCAUCCUCUCCAGAGGUGUCUGUCCUCUGAGGCACUAGUGCUUUGGGAGCCCGCAGCAGCUGGGGUUCCACCCCCCUCCCCUCUACCCCGGCUGUGAUCAGCUGUGUGAGGUUAGCAGGGUCCCAGGCUGCCCAGCGCCUCGCAGGUGAGGCAGGUGGAGGCGCGGGUCCAGGGAGAGGACCGGCCGGGUUGUUUGAUGGCUUCACUGAGGAGAGUCAAAGUGCUGUUGGUGUUGAACUUGAUCGCGGUGGCCGGCUUCGUGAUCUUUUUAGCUAAGUGCCGGCCCAUCGCGGUGCGCAGCGGAGACGCCUUCCACGAGAUCCGGCCGCGCGCAGAGGUGACCAACCUCAGUGCGCACAGCACCAGCCCCAUUCAGGAUGCGGUCCUCAAGCGCCUGUCGCUGCUGGAAGACAUCGUUUACCGGCAACUCAAUGGCCUAUCCAAAUCACUUGGACUCAUUGAAGGCUACGGUGGGCGUGGCAAAGGGGGCCUUCCUGCGACCCUUUCCCCCUCUGAAGAAGAAAAGGCCAAAGGACCUCAUGAGAAGUAUGGCUACAAUUCCUACCUCAGCGAAAAGAUUUCGUUGGAUAGGUCCAUUCCGGAUUAUCGGCCCACUAAGUGUAAGGAACUCAAAUACUCUAAGGAGCUGCCGCAAAUCUCCAUCAUCUUCAUCUUUGUGAAUGAGGCCCUGUCAGUGAUCCUGCGGUCAGUACACAGUGCUGUCAAUCACACACCCACACACUUGCUGAAGGAAAUCAUCCUGGUGGAUGACAACAGUGAUGAAGAAGAGCUGAAGGCACCCCUGGAGGAGUAUGUCCACAAACGCUACCCUGGGCUGGUGAAGGUGGUUCGCAAUCAAAAGAGAGAGGGCCUGAUCCGAGCUCGCAUUGAGGGCUGGAAAGCAGCCACCGGCCAGGUCACUGGCUUCUUUGAUGCCCAUGUGGAAUUCACUGCUGGCUGGGCCGAGCCAGUUCUAUCCCGCAUCCAGGAAAACCGGAAGCGAGUCAUCCUCCCCUCCAUUGACAACAUCAAGCAGGAUAACUUCGAGGUACAGCGCUAUGAGAACUCAGCCCAUGGGUACAGCUGGGAGCUGUGGUGCAUGUAUAUCAGCCCUCCCAAAGACUGGUGGGAUGCAGGAGACCCAUCCCUCCCUAUCAGGACACCAGCCAUGAUUGGCUGCUCAUUUGUGGUCAACAGGAAGUUCUUUGGUGAAAUUGGUCUACUGGACCCUGGGAUGGAUGUGUACGGAGGGGAAAAUAUUGAACUUGGAAUCAAGGUGUGGCUAUGCGGUGGCAGUAUGGAGGUCCUUCCAUGCUCGAGGGUGGCCCACAUUGAGCGGAAGAAGAAGCCAUACAACAGCAAUAUCGGCUUCUAUACCAAGAGGAACGCACUCAGGGUGGCCGAGGUCUGGAUGGAUGACUACAAGUCUCAUGUGUACAUAGCAUGGAAUCUGCCACUGGAGCUUCGUAACAACAAGGCCAAGGAUGUCUGCUUGGACCAGGGGCCACUGGAGAACCACACAGCAAUACUGUACCCAUGCCAUGGCUGGGGACCACAGCUCGCCCGAUAUACCAAGGAAGGCUUCCUGCACUUGGGUGCUCUGGGGACCACCACCCUCCUCCCUGACACUCGCUGUCUGGUGGACAACUCCAAGAGCCGACUGCCGCAGCUCCUGGACUGUGACAAGAUCAAGAGCAGCUUGUACAAGCGCUGGAAUUUCAUCCAGAAUGGAGCCAUCAUGAAUAAGGGCACAGGGCGCUGCCUGGAGGUGGAGAACCGGGGCCUGGCUGGCAUUGAUCUCGUCCUCCGAAGCUGUACAGGACAGAGGUGGACAAUCAAGAACUCCAUCAAGUAGCUGGAAGGAACUGGGGCAAGCAGAGCCCAGCCUCAGGACCAGCCACACGGGGGAGAGACAGCAGGGGCCCAGCCGGUGCUCGGUGGACCUCCCAGGGCUCCUCCAGGGCAGCCCCAGAUAAAAACUAAGCUCCCUUCGGGUAUCCAGCUGCCCUGAGGCUCUGCACUUUGGAAAUCUCCCCACUCUCUUCGCUGGGAGCUGCAUCUUCCGGGUACCAAGGAGUGAGCCUGUCCACAUCUCUCCACCCAUCAUAACCUACUCUAGCAUCAGCCACUGGGCCUGGCAGAGUCCUCUUCCUCCUCUCUCAUCCUUUGCAGCAGCCGCUUAUUAAACUUACCCUGCUCUCCAAGAAGUAGGGAGGUACUGGGGUCUUCAGCCAUAAUCUAGCUACCCUUAAAAGAAGGAGGAGGCAGCGAGACCCCAAGAUUCACAGAGAAAAUCUCUGCCCAGCUGCUGGUUCAUAUGCAAGGCAGCAGCCACUCCUCUGACCCGCCCAUGGGGAUUUGGGGGAAUUACAGCUCUGGACUUUUCUGGAUUCUUCGUGAAGCUCCCUCACAGUCCCCUGGGAACAUCACCCACCUGUGUCUGGAGGGAGCCAGAAUCAACAGAGCAGGCAGAGAGGGAGCAGCAGCAAAGGCCUGAAUGAAGAGGCCAGCCCGGCAAAGAGCACAGGGACCUCCAGGAUGCUCAGCUCAGCUCCGUUCCUUUCACCCCAUACUCUGCUGGCUCACUGCGGGGACAGAAGCAGUGGUUUCCUCUCUUCGGAGUCAUUGCUUCUUUCUGGUUGCCCUCUGGUUAGGGUGCACUUAUAAAUCAGAGUUAAUAUAUGGGUGUGUGUGCAUGCAUGGGGAAGCAAGCUUGCGCUUGUCUGGGUGAUGCGUAUGGCGAGGUGUGUGCUGGUUUGUGUGAGUGUAAUCCCGUGCUAGAGCAGAAUUAGCUGUGUGGUUUGGACUUGUGGCUUUAUUGAUCACCAAACGGGAUGGGGGCACUAAGACACUAAGAAGAAUGGGGGGGGUGGCCCCAUGUCACUGGCUCACUGGCCCAGAGGACAUGGCUCUGUCUUGCGUGCUGGGGUACCCCUUCUCCUUCCCCCGUCCCCACUGCUGUUCUUGGCCUACAGCUGCCCAGGGCCAAACGCAGCAGCUGUCCUGAAGGGCCCAGGGAGCCUCAUUUGGUGACUGCCCCAUCCGCAUAUCUCCCAUAUUGUGAAAUAAAUGUUAGCAGUUCCACAGCCAGCCUCCAGCUUCUUUUGCUUUGGGAUUUUUCUAGUGUUUUUGUUGCUGUGAUUUUGUGGUUCGGGCUUAAGCCCCAGCGACUUACAUUUACUGCACAACACUCUACACUGAGCUACAAUCCUUGGCAAAGAAAUGUUUUUGAUUCUUCCAGCACCAACCAGGAGGGGAAUUCC